GCGUGGAUGACACGCCAUCGCAAGUAGUCGUCGUAGUGUUCGCUUUUAUUUUGAAGUCUAAUGUCUGUUUCCGGCCGUUUGGUGGAUGAGCAAACACGGCUUGACUUCAUUGUCGGGCGAAUGUGGUGACUAGUUUAACGAGCCCUCCGCCACUAACCCGCCGCCGACUUGACGCGAACGCGCCACCCAGCCAUGCUGACCAGUCGCCGUUUUGGUGUCCGCGCGGGGCAGACGGGAGAGCUCGCGCUAGCUAGCUGGCCAGCGUGAACGCGUUCCGCUGCGUUUUUGUUUACAUCCGGUACGAUGGGCCUGGAGAGGUGUGCUAGCUAACCGAGCUACCAGACCCUGAGCCGGGGAAGACGCCUCCCGGAGCCCGGCUGGACCGAGCGGUGUGAACAAGUCUCCCGGCUUGGUGAUGGAGUCUUGGUGACGCGAGUCUCUCUCUUUGGCAGUGAUGUCGUCUCAGGAUCCAUCUCUCAUGGCGAUGGACCUGUCGACUGGCUACUCGGUGCCGCCUCUGAACCGCGGCCGGGUCGACACCUUGGACCUGGCCAAGAAGCCGGAGUGGUACCACCGACGCCCGCCCGGCUGUAGCGCUGACAUUGGCGCCUCGUUCAGAUCCAGAGCUUCGUCUUCCUACGACUCCGACACGGGUCCUCCGGUCCACUGUCGGGACAUGGACCCGAGUCCCGAGGCCUACAUGAACCCGCCUCUGUUCCGCAACGGUGUCCCUCACAACCUCUGGCAUCCGGGCUUCUAUGGGCCUGACCCAGGCUGCGGCCCCGGGCCCGAGAGCAGCGGUGCGGACGAGAGCGACAGCGGCUCCGAUGUCAUCGUCCUGGUGUCCUCGGCCAAGGAGCCGCUGCUGUGCGGCUCUUUUAUCCAGGAUGGAGUGCGACACAUAGUGGAGCCCUUGUCGCCCACCGCGUCCUCGAUGGACGGAGGGACGAGCUGCUAUCACCUACCUCGAGCGCUCAGCUCGCCCAGCCCCGAGAGCUCCACCUCGGAGGACUCCUCCGACAGCUCCGUCGACAUUCCAGUGCAUCACGCCAGGCCGGUGGUUCUGUUGUCGGACCUCUCCACCGUGUACAGCAACGCCGCCGGCCCCCUGGUGGACGUUUCAAGUGAUGACAGCGAUAUCAUUGAGGUGUCUGUCAGCGAGGAAAAAAAACACAACUGCCAGAAACGUGCCACCCGAAGAAGGAGUCAGGAAGCGGAAUCUAAAGGGGACAAAGCUCCAGCCAGUGCGGUCAGACGCGGCGGGCGCCUCCGCAAACCUGCCGGAGAGACUCGCGACACUCAGAGCCACCAGACUCGCCGCAACCUGCGCAGGCUGGUGAGGAGGGACGUGGCCGGCAUCUACAAUGAGAUCUACGACUCUGAUGAAAUGUUGGCGUUGGUGAGCAGGCUGACCAGCUCGGACGAGUCCGUGCCUGACGUGUCCCGGCCAGCGAGUAGCAACUCGGAGGACUCUGAUGCCAAUAAACCCCGUGAAAGGAAGCCGCAGGAUCCGACUCCUGAAACCACCCGCUCCAAACCAGUGAAGAGGAAGAAGCCGGUCACGAAAGCUAGAUGUGAAAGUGGACCUGGACAACAGAAACCCAGAACCUCAGCGGAGCAGCCGCCAAGUCAGUUGGCGAGCCGCGCCGCACCUGCAAAGACCAGGAAAGUGAGACGGAGGAGGAAACGAAGGUCACAAAGCGGCCCGUCGUCUCUCUUUGCUCCCAGCGAGCCGGAAAUCCAACUCAAAUAUGCAAGCGUCAGACGCAAGGAGAAGAAGUCGGACGCCUUUUCACCGUUCGUGCACGUGGAUCGGCAGGCGUGCACCGUGGUCAACUACCAGGAGGAGGCGGUGGCGGUGAGAAGGCGCGGCGCUCUGAGCGCGCCCAUCGUCUCCGUCUCUGUGGCGGGGUCACUUCCCUUGACUUCGUGCUUCCAGCCCGGACGCCUGGGCUCGGACGUCAAGUGUCCCCUCUCGCUGACCUGCUGCCUGUGCGGCCACACCGCCAACGUCAUGGGUCUCGGGGACCUUCACGGUCCAUACUUCCCCAUCAGAACGCUGAGCCCGUCCGACCCUUGUCGCCCCCCGCAGGAGGACGUCCAGCAAGUCAAGGACUCGUCCUGCAACGGCUGCCGGGACGAUGACUCUGUGAUCGAACCAUCGCCUCGGAGUGAUGACAGCCAUCUUACGAAGGCUUGGUCUCAGCUGGACGAAGGCUGGAUCCACGAGGACUGUGGGAUCUGGUCCACGGGCGUCUUCCUGGUCCGAGGGAGACUGUACGGUCUGGAAGAGGCGGCGCAGCUGGCCCAGCAAACGCAAUGCUGGGCGUGCCAGUGCAGCGGCGCCAUCAUGGGCUGUUUCCAGAAAGGAUGCAGCAGGAACUAUCACUACAGAUGUGCCAUCCAGUCAGGCUGUGUCCUCAACGAUGAGAACUUCUCCAUGAGAUGUCCAGAACACAAGAACAAGACGGUGACGAGUGGGACGAGGCACAAGAGAUGACGAGAGACGACGCUGCAGGUGGAUCCACACAUCUCAGGGUGCGACGCCUGAACUCACCUGGGCUGACACUAAUUAGGGAGUGUGCGUCUGCGUGUGCGAGUGUGUGAAACAGCGGGGGCCACUGGAACACCUCGAACACCUCUGUUUGUUUUUCGUCUUAUUCUUAGCACACACAAGGAACCUGUGUGUGAUUCAUGUUUUGAUAUUUUAUUUAUUUUCCUGUCAAACCGUUUUGUCGUCUGAACGUGUCUGAACCUUCUGCUGCUCGACACUUUACAUGUUUGUUAUCAAUGAGUGUCUACGAUAUGAUGUGGAGAAGCUGCUGAUCUGUGUGUGUCUGUCACCCACUGGUUUAAAAACACUAGUUUGGCAUCAACCAAAUCACAAACAUGAGACAGAAACUGGUGAGGGAGCGCUCACUGAUAUGAAGAGGGAAGCUCGGUUGUGUAUAUAUUGCCGUAGUCGUUUUGAAGACAGCAAGGCCACACUUACGUCAUGAAGAAUGUCAAAUUUGUUUGAAUGUGUUGUUAUUUAACAGUUGUAUUCAUGUUGCUCAACAUUUGUUCAUUAAGAAAAUGCCCUCAUGCUACAUCAGUUUUAAUUUUUACUCAUCAAUUUUCUGAGUGUUAUUGGUAUUUUUAUUUCAUUAUAAAGCUUCCUAAUUUAUUUCUUGUAUUGCUUUGUCUUUUAUAUUUUAUAUUCAUCAUAACUAUUCGUAAAACAUUUCUCAUACUAAAAUGUUUGUGGCAUCAGUCUACAUCUUCAUUUUACGACUUGUUCUUUGUAUCAUUUGCCCCUAAUUUAUUUAUUUAUUUCCAACAGAGAAACACAUGUAAUGGUCAUUUUUUGUUGUCCUCUGUGAAUGUUACAUGAUUGUCAUCCAGAUUAUUCAUGACGAUGAUUCAUUACAAUCCAGGCAAUCCAGCAUCGACGGCUGUGGUUCACGUCACUUGUCAAAUUUCGGACGAAAGCGUCUGUUGACGGCUUCAGUGAGUUUGUGAUUCGGCUGAUCGUCACUUCCUGCUGCAGCGCUUCUGAUGGAGGUCACGUGACGGAGGUUUUAAUAAAAGUGACGCCAGUUUUCUCAUUCAACUUUUGUAAAUAAAGGUCACU